AUGCCUGGCUUCCUCACGAAACUAGGACUUGGCUCGCCUGAGAUUAGCGAAGGUAUCGCUAUCGAUGAGAUCCAGAGCUCCGGUUCUUCGAGCCCCAAGGGCGAAAAGGACGAGAAGACUAUUGGUGUUUCAUCAGCACACGAACUAUCAGAGGCAGAGGCUGCAAGACGAUUGAAAGUUUUCAAACAUAAUGCGGAUGCACUUUGGGAUCCCAACCUUGAAAGUGAUGACCUUCAUGCAGUUGAUGAGGCUGUCGAGCAUCACGACAAGGAUGGCGAAACCCAUCUUGUAAACGAACUUUUGGAGAACAGUCCAUACCCAGAAGUUAGAGCUGCUGUCAGGAACUACGAUGUCGAUCUCCCUUGUAACACCAUCCGUAUGUGGGUCAUCUCACUUUUGAUGACUACCAUCGGCUCCGGUCUGAACAUGCUUUUCUCUUUACGUUCGCCCUCGAUUACAAUCACCUCCUAUGUUGCACAACUUAUCGUCUACCCUGUUGGCCUGGCUUGGGACAAAGUCAUGCCAAACCGAGAACACACGACUUUUGGUGUCAAGUGGAAUCUCAACCCCGGGCCUUUCAACUUCAAAGAGCACGCUAUGAUCGUCAUCAUGGCCAAUGCCUCAUUUGGAACAGGUGUGGGUUAUUUCACCGAUAUCCUCCAGGCCCAGCGUGGUUUCUACAAAUUCAAUUGGGGAUGGGGAUUUGGUGUACUUGUUGCUUUGAGCACACAGUGUGUUGGCUUUGGUCUUGCCGGUCUUUUCUCUCGCUGGCUGGUCGAGCCAGCUCCUAUGAUCUGGCCUCAGGAUCUGGUCAAUUGCGCCUUCAUGUACACCCUUCACGACAAUUCUAAGACAGACCCUGCAAGGACCAACGGUUGGUCUAUCUCCAGAUAUCGUUGGUUCUUCUAUGUUUUCCUGGGCUCAUUCCUCUACUACUGGUUCCCUGGCUACAUCGCUCAGUUCCUGAGCGUCUUCGCAUUCCCUACCUGGAUCGCGCCUAACAACGUCAAUGUCAACAAGGUCUUUGGAGGCUUCAGUGGUAUGGCCCUUCUCCCCAUUACUUUUGAUUGGACUCAGAUCACCGGAUAUGUCUUUAGUCCUCUGAUUCCUCCAUGGCAUGCCAUCGGUAAUACCCUGAUCGGUCUUGUAGUUUUCUAUUGGAUUACUGCGGCAGGGAUCCACUUCACUGGAACUUGGUACGCCGACUACUUACCAUUCAGUACUUCCAGCUCUUACGAUAAUGCUGGUAACGUUUACAACGUUUCUAAAAUAUUAACGCCGCAGAUCACGUUGGAUCUUAAAAAGUACGAGGAGUAUUCUCCUCUUUUCUUGUCAACUACCUUCGCCCUUUGCUAUGGUCUUUCGUUCGCUGCGAUCUCCGCCGUCGUUGUUCAUACCAUUCUUUUCCAUGGAAAGUUCAUUCUUGAUAGAUGGCGACGUUCGCGUGAUGACAUGCGUGAUGUACAUCAAGAGAUGAUGGAUAAGUACCCAAAAGUGCCUGCUUGGUGGUACAUAACCUUACUGGUGAUCUGCAUUGGUCUUUCCUUUGCCACUAUCUAUGCUUAUCCCACGGAGAUGAGCUGGUGGGCUUUGAUUCUUGCAUUCAUCAUCAGUUUCGUUUGGUUCUUACCCAUUGGAUUCAUUCAAGCAAUCACCAAUGUUCAGCUUGGCCUUAACGUUUUCACCGAGUUCCUGAUCGGAUACAUGCAACCCGGCAGGCCUAAUGCCAUGAUGUUGUUCAAGACUUACGGCUACAUCACCAUGACACAAGGUCUUGCCUUUACUCAAGACAUGAAGCUCGGUCACUAUCUCAAGGUUCCUCCAAAGACAAUGUUCAUGGGCCAGUUGAUCGCGACGAUAUGGUCGUGUAUCGUGCAGCUUGCAGUUUUCGAAUGGGCUUUCGGUGGUGGUAUCAAGGACCUAUGCGCUCUUCACCAGGUCAAUCACUUCACUUGUCCUGGAGGAAGAGUCUUCUACAACGCAAGCGUGAUCUGGGGAGUUAUUGGUCCUGCACGCAUGUUCAGUGGUGAUGCCACUUACAAGAACCUCCAAUGGUUCUGGCUGGCUGGUGCCGCUGCUCCCGUCAUCUUCUUCUUUGCAGCCAAGCAGUGGCCAAAAUCACCCAUUCGCUUCCUCAGCGCUCCUUUGAUCUUCGGUGGCACUGGACAAAUUCCUCCUGCCACACCCCUGAACUACUUGUCAUGGGGCAUCGUUGGUUUUAUCUUCAACAAGUGGAUUCGCAACAGAUACAGAGGCUGGUGGAUGCGCUUCAAUUACAUCACAUCAGCGGCCCUUGACUCCGGUCUCGCCAUCUCGACCAUCUUGAUUGUUUUGACAAUCAGUUUGACCAACACCGACGCACCCAAUUGGUGGGGUAAUGUCGCUGUGUACAACACAAUGGACAGUCUGGGAACAGCUAUAUCGAAAGUCCUGCCUGAAGGUGCCACCUUUGGUCCUUCUACAUGGUAA